AUGGGGAAUUGCCAAGCUAUAGAUAAUGCAACUCUAGUAGUACAACACCCAUGUGGUAGAGUGGACAAGCUCUACUGGCCUGUCACCGCCGGUGAGCUCUUGAAAACCAACCCCGGUCACUACGUUGCCCUCCUGCUCACCACAACCACCGCCACCGCCGCAGCAACUGCCGGUGGUGCUGGCGCCGGAAAUACAGUGCGCGUGACUCGCAUAAAGCUUCUCCGGCCAACCGACACUCUGGUUCUUGGCCAAGCCUAUAGGCUCAUCCCCGCCGCAGAGGUAAUGAAAGUGUUGUGGGCGAAGAAGCAAGCUAAGAUAAAGAAAAAGUUAGAGCUUGGUGAUGAGCAGGAAAAGGUGAAAGAGAAGACGGGUUCUGCUGCAGACACCAAACCCAGAAGAUCUGACGUGGAGAAGACACACCAGGUGUUGAAACAUGAUCGGGACCGGCGGAAGACGGCGGCAACGGCGAGCUCUGCCGCUGCCAGAUCAAAAGCAUGGCAACCUUCGCUCCAGAGCAUCCACGAGGCUGGAAUCUGA